UUACGGCGUCUUCGUUACUUGCAGUCGACAAGGAGGCUCUUUCUCUGGCAGGCCAGUCGUUGUUCGACGUCCCCCAGGUAGAGGAUAGUUCGCCUUUUCCCUUUGGAUUCUGUAAUCGGGAAGCGAUUCGUUCGUAACGAUACGAUGGCCAGGCAACAGGUCGCUUUAGCCGUUGCGUUCCUUCUGGUGACUGGUGUUGUGUGCGAGUUCAGUACUUCAACCGCUCCUCAAACACCCUCUCCUACAACCAUCCCAAAUACCGAUACCACAACAACCGCUACUACCACUACUACCACAACAGACACUCCUACCACCACCACCGCCGCUACCACAACCACAGAAACCACCACCACAGAAACCACUCAUACAACCGCAGAUACCACCACCACAACCGCUCCUAACACCACCACCACCACAAAAACCACUCACACAACUACAACCAAUGCUACAACAAACACCACCACUAAAUCCCCCACAACCACGGAGACCCCAACCCCAAUUCCAAAGCGGGUGUAUUAUUACAACGUCACCGACGACAGCGCGAAGAACGUGACCUAUUGCAUCAUCUUCGAAGGGGAAUUCAAUUACAACAUCACUUAUGAGGCGACUUCGAAGGAAGGCAAAACGAGCAACAAGACAGCCAGCAUAACUUCACCCAAGCAUCCACAAGAGGGAGCGGUAGUCACAGGAUCAUGUGGGAAGAGUCAGUUCUUGGCAUUCGAUUGGGAAUCCGGCAAACACAACAUCACUAUGGACUUCUCCAAGUCCAGCGAUGGCAAGACCUGGGGUCUGAACGCCGUGACAGCCAAUAUAUUCAUGGAUCCUAAGACCUUCCCUGAUGCUGUUAAUGCCAAUAAGACGCUGACCAUCGUGGCCCACUUCGAUCUUCGACCCAGUGACAUCCCGGUCAACACCAGUUACAGCUGCAUUUCCUCCUUCAAGAGUGACAACGUUACCGGUGCGAUCGACGGGGAGACCUCACACGGCCUGGAAAUAACGGCAGUUCUGGGACAAGAUUUCCAGCUGGAGGCUUACAACCUGAUGGCGCACGGAAAUUUCACCACAGCAACAAUUUGCCCAAAGACAACCAUCAUCCCCAUCAUCGUGGGCUGCGUUCUUGCCGGUGUGGUCCUCGUUGUACUCGUUAUUUACAUGGCGGGCCGUCGACGAAGAAGUUCCACUUACGAGUCCAUAUGAGGGGGAAAGGGCAGGAAGAGUUGUUUGGGAUGCUUUUAAGGGCUCUGCUAUUGAUUUUUAGAAAAUGGUGUGAGGAGACAGAAGGGAGAAACUAAGAUGAGAAGAUGGCCAUCCAGUUUUGGUUUUUGAGGGUUCUCAGUCUUCCUUCGGCUCUGACUAAACCCGAGAUAGAAAAAAAAGGAGAAAAAUUAGAGUAUCUGAUUCCUUAAAAAAAAUGAAUACUAAUAUAUUUAAGAAAUCCACAUACCAUUUUGGAGCGUCAUAGUCCUACUCCAGGGUGGAGAGCCUGGCUAGGAUUUAGUGGCUCCUGGUUCUCCACACUGAAGGGGAAGAUAUGUGGAUUUCUUGAAUAAAUUAAAUUUGUUCUCCACUCUGUUGGGUUUUCAUUUUUUUUUUCUUUCAAGUUUCAAAUUUCGAUAUUGAUCUGUUACUAUCUAAUUCCUUUCUCGGUCCAAAAAACUGUCCCGAGAGUGCAGUGAGAAAAUUAAAAUAAUCAGAUAUCAAA